AUGUCUAGUGAUGGAGAUCAAAUCUAUAUUGAUUAUGCACCAGGAAGACCUUAUAUGGAAUGCGAAAAUGUAACACAAUCAACAUGCUCUAUCGAGUUGAAUAAGACGAUUUCAUUUCACGGGAAUAAUGGACAACCAAUAAUAAAAUGCAAGAAAAGUUGCAAACUUUUUGUAAUAAAAAAUUCGAAAUUGAAAGUAACCAAAGUCGCAUUCCAUAAUUUGGUAUUCAGAUCGGCCCACACUGUAGCAGAAUGCACCGAGGCGUCCGCAUUUGAGCUCGUAUUAGAGAAUACAACUUUUGCAAAUAACUCAAAUGGCAUACACAGUACAAAGUCUGAAAACUGUUUCAUUAAUAUAAACAAUUCAACUUUCCAAGAAAAAACAUAUCGGGCCAUUGGAUUAAAAUGCACUAACCUAACAGCCCAUAUAACAAACAGCGUGUUUAAAAGGAAUCCGAUUUCGCUCCAAACGUUUUACAAGAAGUCGUAUAAAUCUCAUUCGCGAGUGUUGGAAGUGUUUGUUCGUAAUAGCGUCUUUGAUGGAGAACACAGCACUGUCUCUACGCAUUUAUUUGCAAUAAAACCACAGCAUGCACUUGUACUUAAUAUCUCAAUAUGGGAAUCGGCAUUUGUUAAUCAUCUUGGAAUGACAAAGUCAAAGAACGGAUUUUCAUCAUUAUUAAUAAGAGAGGUCGAGACACUCCGCAAUGGAAUAUACGUAUCUUUAAGGAAUAUCCGAGUAGAAAACAACUUGAAUAAACUGCCUGCGGUUAAUCUUAUGCUAAGGUUCAGCAUAGAUGCACCUUUCAUGGUAGAAAUUCUUAACAGUACUUUUAGAAAUAACUCUGCUGCUCUAGUUGUCCAAAUGUCCAAAGUAUAUCAUCGGAUGUAUGCGUCCACUGGUAAAAUACCGACAGUGACUAUACACAACAAUACGUUCACGAGGAAUUUCAAUGGACGAGACUUAGAAAAUUACGUGCCAGCGAUAUUUUUCAAAGAAGGCAAAUACCGAGUGACGUCAUGUCGUUUCUAUGACAACAAGGCGGGAAGCCGGUUUUCUGCCGUUGUGAUCGUAUCUAAACUCUCGAACGUAACAUUUCGCGAGUGCUACUUUGAAAACCACCAAACGGUUUCGUUCGCCGCUCAGUUAUAUGCGAAAGAACAUUCAUUUGUUUCCUUCAAAGGUAAAAACAUAUUCAAUAUACUCGCCUUGAAGACAGGAGAAACCAUUUUUCUACGUAUGCCUUUCUAUAAAACAAGCCGAGUUCUUAUUAACCAUAGCUUCCAAAUCCUAUGUCCUCAAGGGUAUGUGUUAAAUUCUCAAAAAACCUGUAACGUUUAUGAAAACACUAUAUGUUGUACCUAUAUUUACAUAACUUGCGCGAAGUGUCCUCCGAAAACGUAUGCUCUAAAAAGAGCGAAAUUCAUUUACAACACAAGCAAUCACAUCAAAUGUAUGCAAUGUCCCAGAGGUGGGAACUGCAUCAGUGGUACGGUCAAGGCCAAGCCAAAUUUCUGGGGGUACAAAACUAACACCUCAAUAACCUUUGCGCAAUGCCCGCCGGGAUAUUGCUGUGAUUCCAAUGAUUGCGUCAGCUAUGAUAGUUGCCAUGGUAACAGAACUGGAACGCUCUGUGGACGGUGUUCAGGAGGAAUGUCAGACACCCUGUUUAGUUCGCAAUGUACUGCAAAUGCAAAAUGCUCGGGGUCGUUAUUCAUUCCUAGCGCACUCGCGAUGCUACUUCUAUACUUAAUCUUCUUUCUCUACCACGAGGAGAUUGUUAGCAUUGUCAGAAAAACUCUUUUUGGCAGUUUGAGUAUUUUUGAAACACGGAAAACUGAUAGAAACGUAGAAAGUAAGCGAAUGCAAAGCAGCGGAUUACUUAAAGUGAUUUUCUAUUAUUACCAAGUCGUACGGUUACUUCGGAGCACAGUGGGACCUCAAAAUAAAAAUAAAAUUAUUGCUAAACCUGAGGACAUUAUUGGAAGAGUCUUGAAUAUGGUUUUAGUCGACGUUUCAUUAUUUAGUUGCCCUGUCCAGAAUCUCCAGCCUGUUCAAAAAGCUGCUAUCCUGCAUUCUGUGGGAUACUGUUUGUUAGUUUUACUAGGAAUCCUUUAUCUUGUAACAAGUGUGCUUCAAGUGUUCUUAAAACCUGUAAAACCUGUUCGCAUCGAGAUGAGGUCUCUGGUAAUAAAUGAGACCCAACCGCGCCCAUCAAAGUUCAAAGCACGUGUAGCCUCAGCCUUCACCUACAUCUCAUUAUUAAUGUAUGCUUCUUCGACUCAACUUUGUCUCUCUCUUCUUCACUGUGUACCAGUUGGUGACAAGGAAGUUUUAUUUCUUGAUGGUAAUAUCAAAUGCUACCAAACAUUUCAAUAUUUUCUUCUUGCUUAUGUGGUGUCAUCCGUAUUACCAUUUUGUCUUGUGCCUGUGCUUGGUGCGUACCUUUUAAAGAUGGAUCGUAUUUCUGUGGCGCAGUUUUGCAUCGCAUGUAUAUUUCCACUGCCAUUUUGUUGUCUUUGGGUAUACUUGCUGGUCAGAGAUUAUCGCUUUCAUAAAAGAACUAGUAAUAAUACAAUGGAAUCUAGCAGAGUCGUUAGUGGUAUUCGCGAAGACGAUCAGGAAAACGGAUCUCAUGGAACAUGCUCAGCAGACAACUGUGGAUGUUGCCAGGGGGCACGUCAGCACAACUGUUGUUUGGCAACAACACAAGAAUCCGAAAGCAGUCAAACGUUCGAAGACAAUAGCCUAAGAGCCAAUGAAGCCUCUGAACAACAUGUAUUAAAGACAGCCAUUCUUCGAGUCCUCCUUGGUCCUUUUCGACCUCACAAAGCAUUCCUAUGUUUUGGCGACUCUAUUCUCCCAUGGGAAGGCUACUUGAUAUUCCGAAGACUGGCACUGAUUCUCGUAUUGACUUUUGUCCACGACAACAGACUCAAAAUGAUGUUAACGUUAAUACUUUGUGUCGCCAUUCUCACAUCUCACAUGUACAUUAAACCUUUCACCCGACCAUGUGACAACGCGAUUGAAGCACUUUCACUUUCUACUCUGACAGUUCUUUGUGGGUUUACUUUGAUCAAAAAUCUUUAUUAUGGCGAGGAUAUGUCUUCGUUGUCAGAUAGUCUGAAUUUAAUCCAUGUAUUUAACAAGUUGGAAAAUAUCGUAGUUGUUGCGCCAUUGGUGAUCUUAAUGUUUAUCGUAAUAUUGUCUGUAUUGGGAAAGUUGUUGUUGCUAAUUCGAAAGUGUCUAAGAUCCUGUAGAAACUGA